GGCUCCCUGAGUUUCCAGCAUGAACGAGAGAGUAAAUCGUGACUUCUCUUGCGCAGAUUUCGAUGGUGCAGAAGGCCGGUCACGUCCUCUUCAGGCACUUCCUGCUGCUGAUCCUGCCUCGCUGGGACUGGACUCGCGUCUACUACUCCGACUGCUUCAUAUCCAACCCGUACUACGUGAGCCGGUCGCUGCUGGAGGAUGACUGCAAUGUGUGCGAAUCCCUCGAGAAGAUGGACCGGCUGUCGAACGUGUCGUCUUGGGUCGUCACGGAGGACUACCUGAAGAACGACGUGCCCUUCUUGGUCACCGACGCCAUGGACGACUGGCCCGUCAUGAACACAGAGGAUUUCUGGUUCGACAACGUCACGGAGAUGUACCUGAGCGAGGACCUGCGCGGCGUGUACCCGUGCGAACUCACGUCCAACCUCCGCCUUCGCCCGGACGACCUGCGGACCUUCCUCAAGAAGAUACACAAUCCCGACGUCCGGAGGUGGUACGGCCAUUGGGAGAACUGCAACAAGAAAGCAGCCAAGGUCCUGCGCCAGCUGUAUCGGCGCCCGUACUUCAUUCCGCACAUGGUCGACCUCUCGGACUCGAACUGGGUCCUCAUAUCGUCGGACUUCAAGGGGAAGGUUUACAAGGAGGUGGACUUCCACACGGAGCUCCUGUGGGUGGCGCAGGUGCGAGGCUGGAGCAAGAUUCGCCUCGUGCCCCGGGAACCCUGCGACCACUUCUGCCCCGAGCUGCUGGACACGCUGACCGAGGGGCAUAUGGUUGUGGUAACAAACCUAUUAUGGAAAUUCGAGUACAUCCCUGGAGAACACACGGAUAACAUGGCCGUCGCAGUGGGAGGGUUUUGGACCUAGAAGCCCGUCAGCUGAAAUGUGUGGGGCAAGAAUUCCCCGCAUGAAUUUCCUUCGCCAUAGGAAACUGAAUCAAGAUAGGACUGAUGUCUUGCGAAUUGCAUAUUUUUCUUCGCACUUUUAUUCCUUUUUUUGGUUAUAUUGUUCCUAAUUUCAAAAUGACAGAGGGCCAAAUGACAGAAAAUUUAGGAUUUAAUAGUAUAUACGAGAGGUAUGAGUAAUAGAAGUUACGCAAAUUAGACCAAAGAAUUAAUACAUUUAAUCAGACUAAACUCCCAUUAGAUUCAUUAAACUCUCCAGGUCUAGUCAACCCUCACCGUCUUGUUCAAACCCAUUCUUCCUAAAUAUCAUGUAACAUUACAGAUUCACUUGGGAAAGUAUGUUCAUAAUGCAUUACCCUCAUUUCAUGCGUCACCUAUAUACUGUACUAGAAAAAAUAAUGAUUCUGUUGUCUUUAUUUCAUUGAUAUUCAUCACUUUCAUGAUUAACUCUCCCUCGAAUAUUAUGAUAAGAUUACAUUCCUGUAGAUCGUAGUCCAUGAUGUAAAAGGUCGUAUUUCAUGGCGUAAAAAAGGACGAAAAAAGCCAUUUGAUGGUUGUGAAGGAAAAGAGGAUUUUAAGCAUAUUAGAUCUACGAUGUUACUUAUUGCAUAUGUGAAUGAGAUUUUACUAUUGUGUUUUAUGUUGUUUUUUGUUGUUAAGAUGUGUAUAAUCAUAUUUAUUAACGAUCAUCUCAGUUUUAGGUGACAGAUGUUCAUAAGUAUGUUAUGUCAAAAACGAACAUGUUUUGUAUUUCUUAAAACAAUCAAUGUUGUGGUAGCAUCAGUACCUUCAACAUGAAAUACAUAUGCGAUAAAAAGA